ACGUGUUUGAAACUCUUCGCUUUCUGUUUUCACUCAGCUGGAACAGUUCGAGAGCACAAUCGGGUUUAAACUCCCAAAUCACAAAGCAGCAAAGAGGCUGUGGAAAGUUUGUGUGGAACAUCACACCUUCUUCAGGCUGGUGUCUCCUGAGGCUCCGCCCAAACGCUUCCUGUCAUUGGGCUCAAAGUUCCGUUACAGCGGCCGAACACAAGCACAGACGCGCAGAGCGAGCGCUCAGAUCGCACGGGCCGCACCUCAGUUCCAGCGCACGGCCAGCAGAAGACACACCGUCACAGCCAGCAUGGACAGCACACCAGCGUCGGUCAACCAUGAUGACGUGAAGAACUCCAAACCUGCUGUUGCUACGGACGACCUCAUCGACACGGAAACACCGGAGAAGAAGGCCGAGGAGAUGAACUCUGUGGAGGAGGAGAAUAAGACCAACAGUGAUGAAUCAGAACAAGCCCCGCCCACCUCCGUCACCAAGUCCUGUCCGUAUUCAUCCGAUCCGUUAGGAUCUGAGCUCUCCCUCCCUUCCUCUCCCGUCUCAUCCACUAAAGUCCGCAGAAGACGCAGGGAAAGCAGCCGCAAACGCGCCGCGUCCGUCAGUCCCGCCAAAACCACAGCGGGCUGCCGGCGGCGUCAGGCACAAGCCGACCGUAAAGCCGCGCUGCUGGAAGAACAGGCGCUCCUCCUGUCCGCCCGCAAACAGAGGCUGGAUCAGAAGCGGAGCGGCGGCACGCUGUUCUCCUUCUCCCUCCACCUGCCCGACCUGUCCUCGCUCCUGGACGAUGACGGUUACCUGACCUUCCCCGACCUCACCGAGCUGCGCUUCCUGCCCGAGAGUCUGCAUCACUUCAUGCCCAUCAAGUCUCCCUCGCUCAUCCCCUGCUUCCUCUUCAUUUUCUUCUUCCUGCUUUCCACGUCGUUCUCUGUGCCGUACGCUCUCACGCUCUCCUUCCCGCUGGCGCUGUGUCUGUGCUACCUGGAGCCCAAGGCGGCGUCUCUCGGCACGACGCUCGCGCAGGGCUUCCAGGACAGUUCGGAUGACGAGACCGACAGUGAGCAAUCCGACUUCGCUUGUGAUGACGACUCGACGGUGACUGAGUCUGACUUUGAGGACAACACUGACAUGAGGACACAGAUGUCCGAGGAGGAUAAAGCCGAACCUGAAGAUGUUGCAGUAAAGCCGGAUCACGGUGUUGAGAGUUCAGUUGCUCCACAGGUGGAGGUGUGCUGUGAGACGCGGGUACAAACUCCCUCUGCUGGUGAAAAAGAGAAGUAUAUGAAGGCCCUGAAUGAGGCCAUCGCGACGGGGAGACGCUCUUCAUGGGCUAUAAAUAGAGAAGAAGAAGGUGCUGUUCUGGAAGGUGGAGCAUUGGACAGCUGUCAUGAAGACUUUCUCCAAAUCUGGGAUCCGAAACGCCAAUGUAUUGAAGUUGAAGAUGAAAACAAGGAAACUUCAAUGGAAGAAACCACCUCAGAAACCCAAGAGAUUCCUGCUGGAAAACAACAAGUCAUUUGCCAUGAAGAAGAUGAAGAUUUGCUACAAAUCUGGGAUCAAAAAAACCAAAGUAUUGAAGUUAAAGAUGAAAACAAGGAAACUGCAAUGGAAACUCCAUCUGGAGGAGAAGAAACCAGUUCAGAAACCCAAGAGAUUAAUGCUGGAAACCAAGAAGUGAUUUUCCAUGAAGAAGAUGAAGAUUUGCUCCAAAUCUGGGAUCGGAAACACCAAAGUAUUGAAGUUGAAGAUGAAAACAGGGAAAAUGUAAUGGAAACUCCAUCUGGAGGAGAAGAAACCAGUUCAGAAACCCAAGAGAUUAAUGCUGGAAACCAAGAAGUGAUUUUCCAUGAAGAAGAUGAAGAUUUGCUACAAAUCUGGGAUCGGAAACACCAAAGUAUUGAAGUUGAAGAUGAAAACAGGGAAAAUGUAAUGGAAACUCCAUCUGGAGGAGAAGAAACCACCUCAGAAACCCAAGAGAUUCCUGCUGGAAACCAAGAAUUCAUUUGCCAUGAAGAAGAUGAAGAUUUGCUCCAAAUCUGGGAUCCAAAAUGCCAAAGUAUUGAGGUUGAAGAUGAAAUAAAGGAAACGGCAAUGGAAGAAACCACCUCAGAAACCCAAGAGAUUCCUGCUGGAAACCAAGAAUUCAUUUGCCCUGAAGAAGAUGAAGAUUUGCUCCAAAUCUGGGAUCCGAAACACCAAAGUAUUGAAGUUGAACAUGAAAACAAGGAAACUGCAAUGGAAACUCCAUCUGGAGGAGAAGAAACCACCUCAGAAACCCAAGAGAAGGAGAAACUGAUGUUGGAGAAUGAAAUGUCGGUGUUGUUCCACAACAGCAUUGAGAGUUUUGAUCAAGGACGCUUUGACGAAGCAUUUGGAGACACGUUUAAUUGUUCUCACCUCUUGUUUUUUAAUGAAGAGGACGAGUCCAUCAACUUGGAGACUCAAUACUGUGGAGAAUCAACUGAGCAGAACCAGAUAGAAGACCAACCUCAAGAGAAGACAAUCAACGUUGAAGAUAAAGCCGAUCCUUCGUGUUCCCAAGUAGACAAGCAGUCAGCGUUUCAAACGUCAGUUCUUGUGAAAACAAAAGUGUCGUCCUGUCAAAAUGAGGAGAAUGAGCUGGUUUCUGGACCACAUGAAGAACAGGAAGUGGCUUCACAGGAAAUAAAGCAGGAAGUGCAUGAACAUACAGUAGAGCAGUCGGAGGAACAGGUUAAAGACGUCCCUGUGGUUCAGACCGAGACCAAGACCAUCACGUACGAGUCUUCAGAGGUUGAUGCCAACGGCGACUCGGAUCCAGGCGUCCUGAUGAGCGCUCAGACGAUCACGUCAGAGAACAACAGCACCACCACCACCACACACAUCACUAAGACGGUGAAGGACGGCAUCUCAGAGACUCGCAUCGAAAAGAGGAUCGUGAUCACAGGAGACACAGACAUCGACCACGACCAGGCUCUGGCUCAGGCUAUUAAAGAGGCCAAAGAGCAGCACCCAGACAUGUCCGUCACUAAAGUAGUGGUGCAUAAAGAGAGCGAGAUCUCACCUGCUGAAGGUGACGCGUGAAUCACGCAGGAAUAAUGUCCAAGCAUCAGCUGAGAGAACAAACACACGACCUCUGACCUCAGACGACACGCAUCAUGAAACAUCAGCUCACAAAACAAACUCGUGACACAGAGCGAGAAGAUGAUGAUGAUGAUGAUGAUGGUGGACUGAAAAAGGAGGGAAAAUCUUUGCCUUACAACAUCUGAUUCCUUAAAAUGAUUCGAAUGAUUUCAUUUAAGCCACUUCAGUUUAUUUAUAGUCCAGCGCCCCCGUGUGGAGACUGUAAGAAACACGUCCAGGUCAAGAUCAAAUUCUGCUGAGAUUUCACCUGGACAUUUUCUUCGCAGGUUUUGUGAGAUUCACACAAAAUCAUUUUAAUUUGUACGAAAGUAAAGCAGCUCAAAGCGAGAGCGUGCCAAUGUGUUUCUGAUCAGUCUCUGGUUUUUAAUCCUGUACAUAAAGAACUCAAACCAGCCCGGGUGAAUCGACACGUUUCUACUUGAAUCAUAAAUGUAUUUUUAUUGUUUCACGGUUGUUGUUUUUUCUCGCACUAAUAGAUUCAGCAUUAUAUAUGCAAAGCGAUGCCACUAUUUUAAGGGCUUUUGGUAAGCUUGUAAAGCAUAUGAGUUUAUUUAUCCGUCACAGAUGGAGCAGAACCGCACCGCUACUGAAACUCGCACAGGAGGGUCUGCGGUAGGAAUCCCUCUGUCUUGACCUUUUCUUAUAUUUGACCCUGAGAGGUCGUAGUGUUUGUAGAGUGUGUAAUGGGACAGGAUCCAACCAGCAGAAACAGAACGAUAAAUGCAAUUGAUGUGAUUCAUUUUGAGCUUUUAUUUUGGAAUAAAAUAUUGUUGAGAUCGGCA